UGUGCACCUGUACAGCUGAUCUGGUUAAACCAUGAUGUUGAAUUGUCAGGGACUCAAUCUUCAUUCAGUUACAGCAUUUUUGUUUGCCGCCAUUUUCUUUUUCGCCCAAAAAAUCAAUGCCGAUUCCGACCGUGGACACUGUAUAUGGUAUGGAGAAUGCACGAACACCUCCACAGGCAGACAAAACUGUGCGUACAACGGCACCGCUAAACCAAUGACUGACCCAGCAGCUUUAAGCCGAUUGCAACGAUAUUGUCCACAAUUGUAUAAAGGGAACUCGACCUUGACCUGCUGCAAUGCUGCUCAGCUCGUUACUAUGGAGAAAAGCAUGAGUUUGGCGGAGGAGUUAUUACGAAACUGCCCUUCCUGUUACUACAACUUUCUCAACAUAUUCUGCUACUUGACAUGUGACCCCCAUCAAAGCACUUCUGUGGGGGUAAAAACUCAAGCCCCCAACGAAAAGGGGGUCGCUACAGUAUUGGCCGUAGACUACGCCAUGACUACCACCUUCGCUGAUGGAAUGUUUAAUUCGUGUACAAACGUUAUACUUCCGAAUAUUUACGGCAACACCGAUAGUGUCAUGGGUGUGUUAUGCGGUUGCCCUGCCGCUAACUGCACUGCCAAGAAGUUACUUGAUUUUCUAGGAUCUCCAUUGAAUGGCCAUUCACCAUUUGAAAUUGAUUUCCACGUGCAGAACAUGUCAUGGUCUAGACCUGGGAUGUACACGUUGAAGCCUAUGAACACAUCUACAGCCGCCUGUAAUGAGACAUUUGGUAACUUCUCCGCCUGUUCAUAUAAAGACUGCCCAGCAAUACCAGUACCUUUGGCACCGGUUCUACCCAACAUUUCCGUUCUGUAUCCGUGGCCGGAAUACAGAGUGGAACAACUUGUGAUUACCAGGCCAGACAAUGACACCAAGUUCAAACAUAGCUUCCCUCCUCCAUCCAUUGGAUACAUCAGCUUCACUAGUUUGUUUGACAAAACAUUCAUGCAUUUAUUGCUGGACUUACAAUCAAAGAUCCAGAACAUCACCGCCACCUAUAAAGGAAAGAAUGUCAGUUUACACGACAUCUGUCACCGCGUCAACUCCAAUGAGAACUGUGUCAUUAUCAGUAUCCUGGAGUACUGGCAGAACAAUGCCACACGAUUGGAUGAGGUCGCUAUGGAUGAAUAUGGAUUCUUUGUUUUUGCGGAUUACCUGGACCACCUGCUCUCCUGUGCCCAUACUCCCAACACAACUCACGACCAUACUAGGCUAAACACGACCUGCCUUGGUACAAGUGGGAUACCUAUAGACCCCUGGCUGGUGAUGAAUGAUGUUGCAGGAUACAGUGAAUCAAAGACUUUUGUUAUCUCCUUCAUCGUAAAGAAUUCUCACAACAGGGAGGAGACGGGAGCGGCCGAGGCAUGGGAGAAAGCCUACACGAACUUCCUCACUAAUUUCUCAAGUCCCAACAUGACCAUCAAGUUCUCGAUCAAGAAACCUAUAAUAGGAGUUCCACAUACGAUCUUUCCGAAUCCGGUUGUGACGAUCGAUGGAUUGGACAGCAAGGAUGUUUCCUCGGCAGCCGUUCCUCAAUAUGGUAUCAUCACUCUGCUGACCUGUGCCCUCUGCACGAUUUUUAUCCGAAAGAUGUGAUAGAUCGAUGGAAUAGCAAGAAAUCAACAAUAUAACAAGAUACAAUUUAUACUUAUAAUUUCUACCUGACACUUGGUUGUUUGUUGGGUUAUUUAAUUGUUUCGUACGACAUGAUUAGAAGCAACACAAAGUACAAGACUUUGAUCGAUUGAAUUUUUUUAAGUUAAAGUAUAAAGAUUUCACACACUUAUUAGAUUAAGAUUAACCUUCCUGACUAAAUAAAAAAAAUCAAAUUAAAUUGUAAAAUCACUUUCAUGAUGUGAUUCCUGUAGAGCGACUCAGAAUAAACCAUUAAGUACCAAAGAAAACCAGUAAUGCAAGUGUGAAUUGAAUUUUGGCCGUUUUAUUACUAAAACGACAUGGCGUAACAAUACAUGUUCUCCCACACUGAACAACAUUGCAAUAAAUCAUUCUACAAUAUAAACAUUAUACCGAAUUAUGAUAGGUGGUUAUAAUAGAAUACAAAUAUAAGUUAUAUAAACUACCAUUUCACCUCUCAAGCCAAGCUCAAGCUAAUAGGCGGAGUCGAGGGGAUGGUGGAGGGUUUAAAAAUGAAUAGUGCUUCUAAUUACGUUUGACCUGAUCUCUUUACAAAAGUAGUACGCUGGUCACGUGAUAUGUAUACCUAUUCAAAAGGAGUAAACCGGCUCGUUGGUUUUUCAAUGCAUACCAAAAGUAAGAAGCCCUCCACCUCAAAAAAGGUGCUUAUAAACUUACUGAAUCCUCAUCAUAAAUGUAAUCAAAUUUA